CGUACAGUUCACGUUUCAGCGUCUCUUACGUUCCUUUUACGCGUGUACACCUAGGCCACUAGUGGACACGUGACCGCGCACGCCACGUGCUUCGGCCGAAAGGACACGUGUGGUAAUUUACGCCUAACCACCCGUCACUAUGGAGUUCAUCGGUAAUUUUCUACUUUGUAAAUUCGAUAUUCUCAGUUAUAAACCGGGCUCCUCUACUUCGUUCGUUGGUUUUUGGCUUCUAUUGUUAUUGUCGGUCGGGUUUGGUGAGUUAACGGGAGCGGUUGAUAAACCAGAAACGGUGUUGCUGGAUUUUCUCUCAAAACCCUUCGCACCCUCCGAUGGUGCAUCAGAAGAGUGUCUCCGGGACAGCGCCGUUUACUUGAAGGAGCUCAGUCAGUACAUGCCAUGGGCUCUUCAGAUGUACGACGCCUCCGUGAAAAUUCCACUGGGUGUAAUCACGGGCAAUUACCAGCAGUUAGGCAAUUACGACGAGUGUCUACAAGUGAAAAGCAAAUACGGAUUCACCGGGAAGGCGUGCAGUGCCACGGUGAAUUUCGAAAUCGCCAAGGACAACGGUAAACCACGCCAGCCUGAUAUGGGUGAUCUGCUUCUGAAUAUAGCCAUCGCUUCGGGAUAUACGAAAUGGAAAUCAGGGCGUUCAGUGAACUACAGGUGGAUGUGGUGCGUUCCAUCGAGUUGCAACCACACAGAAAUCCAGGAGGCGCUCGAGCUUGGCCUCGACCCUCUGAAGGUGGAGGAACGCGUGGAUAUGGUGAUAAAGGUAUCGUGUCGCACCGCAGAAAUGGAUCGGCCGAUCUUCGACGUAACUGACUGGGUUUACAUAUCGAUCCUGACGAUAUUCGUGGUAAUCAUAAUUGCCAGCACGAGUUACGACAUCGCUAAACAAGGCCAUCUGAGUACAUUGAACCAAAAAGAUAAAAGACAUGUUCUUCUAACUUCGUUCUCCAUCUACACAAAUGGAAAAAAUUUGUUGAAAACAGACAGACACCGUGAUUCGAUCAAAUGCCUUGAUGGACUGCGCUAUAUCAGUAUUUGUUGGAUCAUUUAUGGUCACACUCAUUAUAUAGAGGUGGUUGGUGUUAAAAUGAACUUGAGCGAAAUUCCACAGAUGCAUACAAAUUGGGCCAACAUGUUAGUACUCAAUGCAAAUAUCAUCACCGACACGUUUUUCCUUAUAAGUGGAGUUCUAAUGGCAUACACGGCCCUAAGAAAAAACGAGAAAAAUUCACAAGGCUAUUUCGACGUAAUUGGUCUCUAUCUCCACCGUUAUUUAAGAUUAACUCCAGCAUACGCUAUGAUGAUCGGAUUUUAUGCUACCUUGUUUUACAAAGUUGGCUCAGGCCCUUAUUGGGAUCAAUGGGUCGGAGCUAAUAGAGAUUAUUGUCAAGAAAACUGGUGGAUCAACCUGCUCUACUUGAAUAAUUAUAUCAAUCUAUCUAGAAUUUGCAUGUCUCAGUCUUGGUAUCUGGCGACCGAUAUGCAACUCGUCUGGCUGUCACCGAUCUUCUUGUAUCCUAUGCUCAAGUUCACGCGAAAAAUCUUCUUCUGGCUCGUUUUCGUGUUAGGCCUAAUUAUCUCCAUUUUAAUACCAUUCCUAAUAACAUUCAGUCUCAAGCUUAGUGGAACUAUGCUCUAUUACAAGGAUAACACGGACGUGGCCAAUGUUUUCAUACAAAUUUAUACAAAAGUUUACAGCAGAUACGGAUCUUAUAUUAUUGGUUUGGCUCUUGGUUACUUGUUGUAUCAAAAUCGAUCAAGGGUUGUAAAGAUUCGUUAUAUAUACGUGAUUUUCGGUUGGCUGGUAGCGGCAGUUUGCGGUUCAUUCAUAUUCAUAUGUCCUCGGUGGAUGUAUUUCGAUGACUACUCUUAUAACGAAUUAGAAGCGAGUUUUUAUGCAGGUUUCCACAGACAAAUUUUUGCUCUUUCUAUUUCUUGGCUCAUCUUUUGCUGCGUUCAUGGCUAUGGUGGUUUUGUGGGUCAAUUUCUGUCGUGGAAGGGUUGGGUUCCCUUCAGUAAGUUAACUUACAGCGCUUACCUGUGCCAUUAUGUAUUUCUCUUAGUAGAAGCUGGAUCAGUUCGAACUCCGGGCAUAAUUUCAACUAUGGCAAUUCUUCGCAGUUUCUUCAGCAACCUCUGCCUCACGGUGCUACUUUCUGCGCUUUGGACACUAUGCUUCGAGAUGCCUUUUAUGACGUUAGAUCAUACCUUUCUUUCUCACCAUCAAAGUCAAUCAAAAUCCUUGAACCUAAACCAAGGAAGAAUAUUCGGUUCUAUCGAUUCUAAUAAAGAGAUCUAUCGUUCCACGGAAGAGUCUUCUGCUACAAUUACGCAGGAUUGUGAAGGCACCUUUAACCAAAAGUCCAAUAAAAAUAGCAUGUAUGAUCAGGAUUUAAAAUCUGACGACAAAGAUGACAAGUGUCCAUUCAUCUUUGUAAUUAAAGCUGAAGACAACGAUUCAUGGGCACAGUUGAGAAAUGUUCAUCAAAAUAAUGGUUUUGACGAGGACUCGGAUCAACCGUCGAAAUCUAGAACAACGGAAAGAAUGGAUUGUUGUUACGAAUCGAUCGUAAACGAGGAGUUCAUAAGGAAAGAAGGAUCCAGGGAAUCGGAUCAGGCCACCAGUAGUUGAUCGACAAUUUACCAGUGUAAUAUCGAAUCAGCUUGCUGGUCAAGCGUUUAUAAGCGAAUAGAGGCGAGAUUGGGAAACGUCUUUAAGGAAUUAUAUAAUUGAUGUAGUGAUAUCUAUUGGUUGAUUCAGGCACUCUUGUAGAUAGUCAGUGAUAGCCAUAUCGUAGUUUUUCUUUAAAUAUUUAUCUGUUGCGAAGUAUUUUGUGUAUUUCUUAGUCGUUAUUAAGGAAUAUCGUCAGGUAUGUGGUGUGAUUUAAGAAAUAAAGAUUCUUUGUACGAUGAUAAAUUAAGAGUACGUAUGGUUUAAUGAUAAGUUUAGUGGUUUCUGUUAAGUGAAUUUUUUAGAACUAUAUAGUGCAUUAUUUUAACACCACACUUUAAUAUUACAUUAUAAUAUUAUUAAUAUAUUAUUACUAAUAUUAUAAUAUAUAUAUAUAGACGCACCAAAUUUCCAAAAUCCACAAAUAAGUGGAUUCAUUAUAAAAAAUAAUUUGUUAUCGUACGGAGGAUCAUCAUUUUUAUAAUUAUGUAUUAUUUGACUCCAUUGUGUACUUAUAGAUUCACUUCUCACAAUCCGAUGUUGAUCCAUCGGCGUGAAAAUAAUAAUUUAAUAUGAACGGAUAAAGGUUAGUUAAAAAAUAAAGGUACAAAUUAGCUGUGAGAAAUCAUCGACUAUCAUUAAGUGUAGUUAGGAGAUGUUUUCUCGAUGGCCAGUUUAUAAAAAGAAAUAGAACUUUUACAAAAAUAAAAAGUCAGUAAGGUUAUUUUUCAUUAUGCUUUAUAGUUCAAAUCGAAAGUGUACGUAUUACAUUCAAAAUUCGGAAAUCUAUCAAAAUCAGUGAAUACCGUAAUUAUGUAUUCCAAUUUCGCUAAUGUUAUCUAACUCAAUAUUUUGUUAAGUAUACUAAUAAUACUGCUUAAUAAUGAACAAUGGUCUUUUAUAUGGUUGUUGUUAAUUCAGGAUGUUAAGAUCAAUUUUAACAAAUUCAGUUAAUCUAUUAUCCAAUAUUUAUAAAACAAAUACUACUUAAGUCAGAUAUUAUACAUACUAUUAACUUUUAACUUUUAGUCAGUAAAAUUAGACAAUACAGUACAAAGUACAGUAUUACAACUAAUAUUAAAUAUACUAAUUAUAGAUUAUAUUAUGACCAAGAAUUAAGAAAAGAAAUAAACUUGUUAGAUCGCUUUCGUUUUGUCGAAA